AUGUCGCAAGACUACGAAACGGUGCUCAAGGGCAAGUAUCCCGCCAAGGAGCAUGCACUCCGCGUCGCCGACUACGUCAAGUCCAAGGUCCCCGGCGCUACCGGCAUUCUCUAUGUCGAGGGUCGCAUGACGAAGAUGCUCGAGGACAAUGACGAGCCUGAGCCCUUCAGACAGCGCCGCUACUUCUACUACCUGACCGGAUGCCCCCUCGCCGACUGCCACUACAUUUUUGAUCUUGCGACGAACAAGUCGACCCUCUUCAUCCCCCCGAUCGACCCUGAUAGCGUCAUCUGGUCUGGUCUGCCCGUCAGUGCCGCCGAGGCAAAGGAGCUGUACGACGUCGAUGAUGUCAAGUACACCAACGAUGUCAAUGCCGAGCUUGCGCGACUCGGACAGGGCUCCAAGAAAACCGUCUUCGCCAUCCCGAACCAAGUCCUCGAUAACAUUACCUUCCUUGAGUUCGACGAGAAGAACUUCAGCAUUUUGAAAGAUGCCAUUGAGCGUUGUCGCGUAGUUAAGGAUGAGUACGAGGUUGCCCUUACCAAGAAGGCCAAUGCUGUCUCGACCAUUGCCCACCACGCCGUAGUUGAGUACGUCAAGAAGGCCAAGAACGAGAGAGAACUGGAGGCUCUUUUCCUGCAGCACAGCGUUGCCAACGGUGCCAAGAACCAGGCGUACCACGGUAUCUUUGCCGGAGGUCGCGCUGCUGCCACUCUCCACUACGUGGCCAACGACGCUCCGCUAGAAGGCAAGCUCAACCUUCUUUUGGAUGCUGGCACGGAAUGGAACUGCUAUGCUUCUGAUAUCACCCGGACGUUCCCUAUUUCUGGCAAGUUCAGCAAGGAAUCUCGCCAGAUCUAUGAUAUUGUGUACAAGAUGCAGCUGGAUACGACCGCUGCCUUGAAGGAGGGCGUCGUUUGGGAUGACAUCCACCUGCUGGCCCACAAGAUCGCCAUCGAUGGCCUCCACUCCAUUGGGAUUCUCAAAGGCGACAAGGACGAGAUCCUCAAGAGCAGAACGAGCGUCGCCUUCUUCCCCCACGGCCUGGGCCACUACCUUGGCAUGGACACCCACGACGUGGGCGGCAACGCCAACUACGCCGAUACUGACCCCAUGUUCCGCUAUCUGCGCGUGAGGGGCACGCUUCCCGCCGGUAGCAUUGUUACUGUAGAGCCGGGUAUCUACUUCUGCAGCUUCAUCAUUGAGCCGUACCUCAAGGACCCCGUCCACUCCAAGUUUAUCGACAGUGCUGUUCUGGACAAGUAUUGGGACGUCGGCGGUGUGAGAAUCGAGGACAACAUUCUGAUUACAAAGGAUGGCAGCGAAAACCUGACGCCCACCAUCAAGGACCCCGACGAAUUGGAGAAGAUUAUCCAGGCAAGCUGA